GCAAUCCCCAGUAGCACCCUGGUACACAGACCAGGCCAGAACGUCACACCGGGUGGCACUGGCAGCAGGUGUAACGUGGCCGUUAUCCUCCGCGUCUCCACGUCACACACGGCCACACCGUGUCACGUGCUAGCCAACCGUCACGCGACUCGUCGAAUACACUUUCACCUGGACCACUCGAUUUAUCCCGAAAUCGGCCACGAUCGCUGUUGUCCGUUCUCCAUUCAGGAUUCUUUGGAUAGUCUAGCUCGGUUUUGCUUGGCUUGGCCUGGCCUGGCUUCGCUUAAACUAAGAUCGAAUUGCCCGAGGCCUUGAGAUACGUUCAAGAUGUUUCUGUCUCUAAAAUCCGUGGUUCCUUUCCAACCUUUGUGACACGAUUGUGAAACGUGAACGAACGUGAAAGAACGAUGGUCUUAUAGAUCGUUUGGCCGGUUGAUACGCGAGUCUCGUGUAUGAGAAACUCGUGACUGGUUGGUGGAACGUCCGAGCAUUGUGCUUCCGAGUGAUAGCAGUUGGUUUACGACGUGAGUUGCAGACGUGUUUGGUGGGACGAUAUGUGAGGGAUGUUUGAUGAUCCUCGAGGGUCUGACUCGGGACUCCGUUUCGAGAAGUUGGCGAGAAACUGUAGGGAACAUUCGACGUCUAUUGGGAACCAUAGUAUGUUAUCAAAGACAAGAAUAUUUAAUAUUUAUUGGAUUAUUCUCUGGUACUAUGAGUAGCAGUACUAUAUACUGUGAAUGACUGAUAUACUGUGAAUGACUGAUUUCUCCAGUGAUUCCAGUCGACGAAACUAUGUUUUCCAAGAAAUAACAACUAUCAAACGCUGUAUAUAAAAGGUAAGAAGACUCUCGUAAAAGAGACAAUUAUACAUAUAGAAAAACAGAAGAGGCACUCAAGUUGCUAUUGAAUUUCGGCAACCAUAUCCAUCGAAAAUAUUUGACAAGAGAACGUUGCAAGUGCAAAAUAAUAACUAACUAACUAACGAAAGUAGUUAAGAGAGGAAUUGGUCAGACCUGAAUACAAGCUUAAACGGUUCUCAUCUUCCCUGAAAAAAAUCUCAUCCCCUGCGAGGUUAAUCCCCCAUAAAGUGUACACGUGUUUGAGGGAAAUUGACGCAUGUGGAUAGAGCGGCGAUACAUGGAGUAGUUUUCGAGUGAUCGAGCCGAUUGGAUGGUAUUUUCGCGAGGUACGCAGGUCAGGGGAAAUUAAGUGGCGGACGAACGUGCGGCGAGGUGUUGGUUUCAGUUGGUCGGCGGACGUCGCAAGCCACGGUUCUCGAAGAAAAAAAGGAACGAGAGAUGUAGUGUGUGUAGGUGCGUGGUGGUGCGAUUUGUUUACCCGGGGGCGAGUGUUGACGGGAAGUGGCGGUGUUUGUCACGUUUCCGGAUGUGAAUGGAAACGGGACCCUGUCUCGUUUUGGACAACAGAUUAUCGCGAGCAUGAGGAACGGAUACGUUCGACUAAGACGAUCUGUUUGUGAUACUCGAUCGGCCCACCACGCACGUGUUCCGCAAACACUGGUGGCCAAGCUCACGUACGCUUUUUCUACGGAACUAUUCGAUCGAAGGACUCAGGCCCUUUUGUCCACGAUACUACAAAAUAGCGAGUAAAAUUCGAGGAGAAGCGAAGAUAGCAAAAGAAAAGGGGGAUUUAUCGUGCGUUUCCAACCUGCGUCGACAUGCUUCACGUCGAGAGCCGUGUCGAGUAGAUAGUGAAAGGACAUUUAAUUCCACGUCGUGGCACGUAGCAGAGUCGGUGCAGGACACUGUCGGUAGCGAAAGGAAAUCCACGGAUCUCGUGCCUAGCAUGUCUAGGGGAUGGACACUUAGAGAGCUUUAUGAAUCGUGCGCGACGCCGAUCGUCCCUCGGUCGCUAGCGAUUUAGAAACAGCCACGUCGAUUUCGGAAAGAACCACGACCAGGAUCGUGCAGCCAGGAGAAUUCUCAUGGAAACGAGAAAAAAGUAUUCAGGCUGGGCCAUGUUCUUCCCUCCUGUGUUCGAGGGAUGUUUUGAGUGCAAUUUAACUUGCACAGCCGAAAGAGAGGGUUAGGAAAGGAAGGUAGGAACAGGCGAAAAAGAAGCAGAAGUGGCUGGCUGGAUCUCAGCCGCGGGCCACGCGAGCUGCAACUACUCAAAGACGUUUUGCAUAACGAAGUUACGAAGCGAUUCGUUGGCGAAGAACGUUGUAUGGCCUACAAAAUAACUCGAGACUCGUCCCGCUGAUUGAAAGUACCUCUAGAACAUUGUAUCGCUUCCGGUGACGGCUGAGAAUCAAGCGGAGGUGAUCUCGGCGAGCGGUCGGCAGACCUUCGAGGCCGUGGCUGAAGUCGUGUUCGACGGUUAUGCUGCUGGCGUCGCUUCGAGUGGCCGCCAGCAAAUGCUGUCAUGCUCUUGCCAUGCCAGCCGGCGGCCAGGAAGAGGCCGCUGGUCACGAGGUCCUUGAGCAGAUCGAAAAGCUGCCUCGUGUUGAUUAUUAUCCUCGUGUUGAUCGGUCGCGAGGUAUCGCGAGCUGCCACGCAGAUCCGCUACGCUUCGCGCAUCGUCGAGACCAAGAGCGGACAGAUACGUGGGAUUCUUCAGGAUUUGAACAGCAGGCACUUAGAUCCCGUAGAAGUGUUCCGGGGUAUACCGUACGCGGCACCUCCCGUAGGAGAUUUACGUUUUCGACCACCGAUAUCGCCGAUCCCCUGGGACGGCAUCAAACUGGCGGAUUCCUUCGGCGCGGUUUGCCCCCAGCACUUUCCGGACAUCAGCAAUGACACAGCUGCUUUGUUGCAAAUGCCUCUAGGCAGAUACCAACAGCUGAAACGUUUGUACAUGUUCCUGACCAACCAGAGCGAGGACUGCCUGUUUUUGAACCUGUACAUACCCGGCAGUGGGUCACGAGGACUAGAAGCACCAUACGCUGUGAUGGUGUACGUUCACGGUGAAAGUUUCGAAUGGGGAACGGGAAACAUCUACGAUGGGUCCGUUUUGGCAAGCGCUGGACACGUCAUAGUAAUCACCCUUAAUUAUCGUCUUGGAAUCUUAGGUUUCUUGAGGACUCGUCCGUAUCCAGACAGAACGCCAGGAUCUGGUGGAAAUCUGGCCUUGAAGGAUAUCGCUAUGGGACUACGCUGGGUACGUGAAAAUAUCGCUGCUUUUGGAGGCGAUCCGACAAAAAUCACGUUGAUUGGACACGAUACUGGAGCUGCGCUGGUGAACCUUCUUCUACUUGCUCCUUAUGGCAAGGGCCUUUUUCAUCGAGUCGUGUUAUCGAGUGGCUCAGCGUUAAGCCCAUGGGCGUCUGUUCACGAUCCGAACGACUUACGAUCGAAAGUAGCAAAGCAAAUAGGAUGUUCCACCGAGGACGACGAAGAUAUUGCCAACUGUCUACGCGGCAUUCCUCUGCGUGAGCUCAUGGCCGUCGAACUGCCGGAAAUCCGAUUCGUGCCACGGAUCGGACCAGGCUUGCCAGUGGACCAAAACAAUCCCGAUCCAGGGCUGGAUAUGGAACGAGCCAGCGACACGUUCAUCAAAGUACCUCUUAUCCUUGGUGUGUCUACUACGGAGUCGAAUUUAGAUUUUAACGCGAACGAUAUUCAGUACGGAUUCGAGGAGGAUCAUCGAAAUCGAAUUUUACGAACGUUCAUUAGGAACGCUUAUGUAUAUCAUUUGAACGAGAUUUUCUCCGCGGUGAGGAACGAGUAUACGGACUGGGACAAGCCUAUCCUUCAUCCUAUCAUUAUAAGGGAUUCGACGAUGGAGGCGUUGAGCGAUGGUCAUACCGUAGCUCCACUCAUGAGGAUUGCCUUUUAUCACGCCAGAAGGGGAGCCAAAACGUUCUUCUACCACUUCAGCCAUCAAACCAAAGACAACAGCCUUUUGCAGCGUCUGGGCAGCAUUCGUGGCGAGGAUAUACCGUAUAUCUUCGGGUUGCCACUGGUGGCUGGAGGAGCUUUCUUUCCCCGGAAUUAUUCCCGACAGGAUCAGGGCGUCGCCGAGGCAGUUCUCACGUUUUUCACGAAUUUCGCGAAAACCGGCAAUCCGAACGAGCCGCACAAAAUCGAAUCGGUGGAUUAUGGGACACCGAAGGAGAAAACGCGAUACCGUGGUCUCACAUGGGAACAAUACGAAACGGGUACUCAACAGUAUCUCACAAUUGCGAUGAAACCGAAAAUGAAGAGCCACUACCGUGGCCAUAAAAUGGCGGUUUGGCUAAAUCUGAUACCACAACUGCAUCGACCCGGAGACGACGAUGUCUCAAUGCGGCAUCAUCAUUUUCGAGAAAGAGGUGACCACUUUUAUGCAGGACCAGUACGAGACGAGUGGUACACUCCUCUGCCGCUUGUAGCGACAACCAAGAUGAGCGCCUCGUCGACAACAGCGUGCAGCACAUCUACAGGUGACGACAGUAUUACCGAAGACAUUACUCCUAUUCUGGACGAUUCGGAAGACGACGCUGAACUUUUACAAAGAUUAGCUUCUCGUCAUUACUACAGUACUACUACAGCCCUAGCAAUCACCGUAGGAAUCGGUUGCAUGUUAUUGGUGCUCAACAUGCUGAUAUUCGCCGGCAUUUACUAUCAGAGGGAUCGUGACAAAAAGAGAGCCACGAUGGACUGCACGCCAAACGGGCAAGAAUCACUACCGAUGACUACCAGGUCGUCUAUAAAAGCUCCAGAAAGUCCUAGGCCAGCGCAAGAACCUCCACCAUCGUAUACUACCCUUGCAAGAAGCCCUUCGAUCCAGGAACAUCAACAGAUUGCUCAGAGUCAAUCGACAGAUGUCGAUGAACAGCCUAAAAGUGAACAGAAACUUAGCCACGGGACCAGCAACGCCAUCCACAAGGAUCCCAUUCCUCCGAAACCUCCCACGAGAACGACCAGCUCCUUGAGUACUACUAGUGGCACCAAUACUAUUAAAAAACGUGUGCAAAUACAAGAGAUAUCCGUAUAGCAUUAGGGGUUGCCCCAAGAGGGCAACAUGAAAACCAAGAAGGUGACUUUCAUAGAUUUUGCGGCGACUGGCGAGUCUAAGUUUUGAAAAAGUUUACAGGGAUAUGGAUUAACAAGUGUCUGGUUAUGACACGUAGCACAGGUUGACAAAGAAAAUUAUCUGUUUGAGUUGCAGUGAGAUAUCGAUGAAGAGUGAAGACUAUUGGUGUUACUUUCAACAAUUGUUGGAGGAAACUCUAAAGAACAAUGAGUUCUAAAGCGACAUUCAAUUGUAUGUUAAGUACUCUCUAAUUAUUCUGAUGUAUAAACAGCGAUAACUGCCAUAUGUCACUGAAAAGACAAAGUGCUUUAAAGGAAGACUUAGCAGACUACGAGUGUUCCUCUAUCAUGCACGUAAGACUUUAUCAGCAUUUUGAGUGUAUUUCUUUGCAGGAUACGAUGUGUUUCUUCUAUGGAAUGCUAUCAAAGUUGUAUUACAAAGCGAUUCGAAAUGAGUUCAUCAAAUUUCAACUAAUUAAUUUCUUGUCAAGAAAUACUUAACUUGACUACAAGAACAGUAUUGUUAACUAAGAAUGAAACAUUUACGAAAUCAAGUGUCUAGGAAGCCGGUUUCGAUUUUCUACAAAUAUACUGUCGAAUAAUUAAAAUCUAACAGAUAUAUCUUUUCUUUUUAUUUGUUCUUUAUUUUACACUUAAAAAGCAAAGUAAAUUCUAAACUAUGAUAUUUAUCUCGCAUAUUGAAAUAGACAAAGGUUGGAAAAAGGUCGUAUCUCUAAAAUUGUUUAAUCUGACAGUAUAUUUGACGAAGAAUGGAAUCGAUGAUAAAAAUCCAUAAGUCAACACUGUAACUGUCACAAUCAGUGUUCUUUCAAGUGUUCUUCUCGUAGCUGACAUAAUGAUCAUGUAAUUAGAGUAACUCGUGGUAUAACUGACGCUGGGCUCAUGAAAAAUUUCUAUUUGCGUUUGUCUAUACAACUUAAAAGUGGUUUCGUGUCUUUCCUACUCCAGGUAUUGGAAACCGUGCACAAAAUCGCACAGAGAUAAUAAAUUAAAUAACGUCUGUGUAACACGAUCCGUAGAAAAUUGUAUGAGAGAAUGGUCGUCUGAAAUGAUUUCUAAAAUUUAAAUGAUGAUAAUUGUACUUCGUAGUGUCACUGUGAUCAAUAUCAAUAUUUUUUAAAAAUCAAAAACAAAAUUUAUAGAUAAAAAUCAUUAUGUUAGUUUCAUUUGUCGUUGAAAAUUAUUCGUCUUUGUUUAUUAAAGGACAGGAAUUAUUAUUUAUUUCUGUUUUUUAUUUGUACUAUGAAUAUACAUAUUCUACUUUAUUAUGUGGCAUAUAAAUAGUAUAAAGCGGAAGUUGAAGAACUCUGUCAAUUUUGCGUUGCCUCCUCGUUAUCUUGAUAUCAUCCCUCAUUAUUUAAAAUAAUUUAAAGAGAAAAAGAGAAACAAAACCUAAAAAAAUGUAUAUUUAAGCACUCGAUACUGAAAGAGAUCAGUUCUCGUAUUCGCAUUAGAAUCUCAUGCGAAUGUUGUGUGAAAGUUCUGGGUUA